AUGGCCGGAAGCACCCCAAAGAGCCGCUCUCCCCAGUCUCCCCGAUCGCCAUCGUCAGCCCAAUCGCCCGAGCAGGCUCAGACGCCUGAACAGGCCCAGACGCCUGAACAGGCCCAGCUGCAGGCACUCGAGGCUGACGAUCAAGCGGGAGAGGAGGAUCCAACUCGGGGAUCCGACGUUGAGAGCUCUACAGCUUCCCUCUCGUCGAGUAUUCUUGCAUACCGCACUAUCAAUGGCAGGACAUACUAUAGCGAGAGAGGAAAUGCCGCCUACUGGGGCGCUAAUGACGAACGCCAAAGCGAGACUAUGGAUAUUGGUGAUUUCGCCGACGAGUAUCCCAGCUGCGAAGUCAUCGGCACCGACAUCUCUCCUAUUCAGCCUGGUUGGGUCCCUCCUAACUUGAAGUUCGAAAUCGAAGAUUGCAACCAGGACUGGACGUUUGACGCGGAGUCAUUCGAUUAUGUGCAUAUUCGCUAUCUACACGGAAGUAUUCCUGACUGGACCGAGUUGUUCAAACAGGCCUACCGCGUCCUUAAGCCGGGUGGCUGGAUCGAGAGUUUUGAGCCUUCGCCAACCGUCACAAGUGAUGAUGGGACUGUUACGCCAGAUUCCGCUUUGGGUCAGUGGGAUCAAAUCUUUAUUAAGGCUUCUAAGAAGAUUGGCAAUGUCUUUACUGUGGUUGGGGAUGGAAUCCAGAUGUCGUCCAUGAUAGAGGCUGGAUUCGUCAAUAUCCAAGAGUGGAAUGGAAAGUGUCCACUGAGCCCGUGGGCCAAAGAUCCCAAGUUUAAGGAGAUAGGCCAGUUUGGGGAGGUCUUUGGUACACGGGAUCCCGAGGGCCUUAUUAACUUUACUGCUAACUUUUUGGGCUGGUCGCUGGAAGAGGUUACUGUCUACCUUGCUCGUUUCCGCAGCGAGCUUGGAAACCGCAAGAUUCACCCAUACGUCUUGCUGAAGGCUGUUUGGGCACAGAAGCCGCUUGAUGCUCCUGAGCCGCUUGCAGCUGUUUAG